AGCGCAUUAUUCAAUUUCCAAUCCCUCCUGCUCGUCCUCCUUCUCCUGAUCUGCACGUGUACCUAUGUCCGAGCGGUGAUGCCCCGAUUAAUCGAUAGCAACAAGAGUGGGUUCUUAGGGGUGUUCUGGAUGAGCGCGAGAAUAGGAGAACGACUCUCGCCUUACGUUGCAAUAGCCUGUGUGGUUAUGGCAGUGACGAUCUUGACACAGUAG